AGCCUCCGGCAGGGACGCGCACCCCACAGGCGCUCCUCUCACUGGCUCACUCACCUACACCGGAGCCCGCAGGCCCUCCCCCUCACCUGCGCACUUCACACACUUGGGCAUUCUAGAAACCCUCACUCAGAUUUUUGCAGGCCCCCGCACAUGUACGCGACACCCGCACACACAUUCUCAGACACUCUCAGAGAACCACACAAGGACAUACACAAACUUGUUCCCACAUACAGAUCCUGGUGCAUGUACACAACGCUUACAGCCGCGAGAGGGAUUCUCUGUAUAAAUCUUACAACUCGCAGACUCAUGGGAACACACGCUCACACACAGACCCCCAUGCAUAUCACACAUUGACACACAUGUUCUCAGUCUCCCACACACUCACUGGGGACACUCGUAGCUUAGGGCGAGACCCCGUGAGCCCACACUUUACCCUGCAGACCACCCUGGCUACCCUGGCUCUGACUCACGCUCACCUGCUGGCCUACUUCCGCUCACAGAUCAGAAGCAUCUCACGCUUGUGGACACUCUCCUACACACACACACAAUUUCCAUCUUCCUGUGUACAAGAGCACCCAGGCUGGGCACAGGAACCCACCUCGGCUCCUUUGUGCAAGCCACCGGCCAGGCUCCUGGAGAGCUGCCAGGAGAGCCAGGCCAGGGGGCCAGGGGGCCUGGCUGGAGGUGGGUCUGCGCCCCUUCCUGGUGACUCAUCUGCUCCCUGGGAGUGGCUGGCCCGGGGUGACCCUGAGCCCAGUGUGGGCUCUGGCGCCAGCCCGAGGGCUCCCUGGUCACACCCGACUGGGCUAUGGUGAGGGCACCGGGAGCCUGGCCAGGGGGUGGGGUGAGGCGGGUGUUUGCCCAGUGGGCGACUGACGUUCCUGGCAAUCCUGAGCUCUGGACAGGCACAGGGUCUGGCUUGGUACGGUUGGGGGGCUGCCACCCAGGCGUGCCAGCCCAUUCCCCCAGGGUGAGGGCAGGGCCUCGGCCUCUGGCCUGCCUGUGUUCCGGGACACCUGUGAAUGUGCCUGUGUCUGACUGUGUUGUCACCAGCCCCUGUGAUGCACAUGCACACACAUGUGUGUUUGCACACGUGUGUGCUCCUCCCUGUCUGCCUCUGGCACCUCUGCCUGGGAUCCCAGCGUGGGGACCUGUCUGUUGACAUCUCCCGAGCCAGUCCCUUCGUAUCGAAGGUAAAAGAGCUGCGGCUGCAGAGAGACGACUUUGAGAUCUUGAAGGUGAUCGGCCGAGGGGCCUUCGGGGAGGUCGCUGUGGUGAGGCAGAGAGACAGUGGGCAGAUUUUUGCCAUGAAAAUGCUGCACAAGUGGGAGAUGCUGAAGAGGGCUGAGACGGCCUGUUUCCGGGAGGAGCGAGACGUCCUGGUGAAGGGGGACAGCCGUUGGGUGACUGCCCUGCACUAUGCCUUCCAGGAUGAGGAGUACCUGUACCUGGUGAUGGACUACUAUGCCGGAGGGGACCUCCUCACACUGCUGAGCCGCUUCGAGGACCGCCUUCCGUCUGAGCUGGCCCAGUUCUACCUGGCUGAGAUGGUGCUGGCCAUCCACUCACUGCACCAGCUCGGCUACGUCCACAGGGAUGUCAAGCCAGACAAUGUCCUGCUGGACAUGAACGGGCACAUCCGCCUGGCCGACUUUGGCUCUUGCCUGCGUCUCAACAACAGCGGCAUGGUGGACUCCUCGGUGGCUGUAGGGACACCAGACUACAUCUCCCCUGAGAUCCUGCAGGCCAUGGAGGAGGGCAAGGGCCAUUAUGGCCCGCAGUGUGACUGGUGGUCUCUGGGAGUCUGCGCCUAUGAGCUGCUCUUUGGGGAGACGCCCUUCUACGCUGAGUCCCUGGUGGAAACUUACGGCAAGAUCAUGAACCAUGAGGAUCACCUGCAGUUCCCCCCAGAUGUGCCUGACGUGCCAGCCAGUGCCCAAGACCUGAUCCGCCAGCUGCUGUGCCGCCAGGAGGAACGUUUGGGACGUGGUGGGCUGGAUGACUUCCGCAACCACCCCUUCUUUGAAGGUGUGGACUGGGAGCGGCUGGCAACCAGCACGGCCCCCUACAUUCCUGAGCUCCGUGGGCCUGUGGACACCUCCAACUUCGACGUGGAUGACGACACCCUCAACCACCCAGGCACCCUGCCACCACCCUCCCAUGGGGCUUUCUCAGGUCACCACCUGCCAUUUGUGGGCUUCACCUAUACCUCGACCAGUCCUGGUCCUGAGGGCGGCUCCGAGCAGCUGGCUGCCCUGGAGCGGAAGAUCAUGUGUCUGGAGGAAGAGAAGGCAGAGCUGAGCCGGAAGCUGUAUGAGGUCCGGCUGAGCCCCUCAGAUCGUCAGGACCUGGAGCAGCUACGAAAAGAAGUGCAGACCCUACGGGAGAGGCUGUCAGAGACACUGAAGGAGAGGGAUGGCAAAGCCCCCUUGUCCCAGAUGGAUAGGCCCCCUGCUGACAGCCCAGGCCAGGCCAGUGACCUACGUCAGGAGAGAGACCAGCUCCGCCAGGAGCUGGCUGAGGCUCAGAGAGGGCUUCGGGCACUGGAGCAGGAGCUGUGCCGAGCCCAGCAGCAGCAGGAGGAGCUGUUCCAGAGGCUGCAGGAGGCCCAGGAGAGAGAGGUGGCCACGGCCAGCCAGACCCAGGCCCUGAGCUCCCAGCUGGAGGAAGCCUGGGAUGCCCGGAGAGAGCUGGAGGCCCAGGUGGCCAGCCUGAGCCAGGAGGUGACUCAGCUGCAGAGACAGUGGGAGCGGAGCCUUGAGAAGGAGUCGACCUCAGUCAAGACUGUCCACACAGCCUCUGAGACCAAUGGCACGGGACCACCCGGGGGUGGGCUGCAGGAGGCCCAGCUUCAGAAGGAGGUGGCUGCCCUACGUGUGCAGCUGGACCAGGCCCGCAGUCAGGGGCCGAGUGGGAAGGAGGAGGUCCUGUGCCGGCUGCAGGAGGAGAACCAGCGGCUGAGCCGGGAGCAAGAGCGGCUGGCGGAAGAGCUGGAGCAGGAGCAGCAGAGUAAGCAGCGGCUGGAGGGGGAGCGGCGGGAGACAGAGAGCAACUGGGAGGCCCAGAUCGCCGACAUCCUCAGCUGGGUGAAUGAUGAGAAGGUCUCAAGGGGGUACCUGCAGGCCCUAGCCACCAAGAUGGCAGAGGAGCUGGAGUCCUUGCGGAAUGUGGGCACCCAGACGCUCCCUGCCCGGCCACUGGACCACCAGUGGAAGGCACGGCGGCUGCAGAAAAUGGAGGCCUCGGCCCGGCUGGAGCUGCAGUCGGCACUGGAGGCCGAGAUCCGGGCCAAGCAGGGCCUGCAGGAGCGGCUGACGCAGGUGCAGGAAGCCCAGUUGCGGGCCGAGAGCCGUCUGCAGGAGGCUGAGAAGCAGAACCAGGGCCUGCAGCAGGAGCUGGCUGCACUGCAGGAGGAGCUGCAAGCUCGCGGGCCAGGGGACACCAAGCCACUGAACACCCUGCUUCCCUUCCUGUCCUUCUGGAGCUCAGAGAAGGACUCCGCCAAGGACUCUGGUGUCUCAGGAGAGGCUUCGAGGUCAGGGCUGGAGCCAGAGCUGAGGCCAGAGGGCCGCCGCAGCCUGCGCAUGGGGGCUGUGUUCUCCAGGGUACCUGCUGCCACCACAGCCCCUGCAGACAGUCCUCCUGCUAAGCCCGGCUCACAUGUGCUGCGUCCCCGGACCUUCCCCUCCCCCACCAAGUGUCUCCACUGCACCUCGCUGAUGCUAGGCCUGGGCCGCCAGGGCCUCGGGUGUGACGCCUGCAGCUACUUCUGCCACUCAAUGUGUGCCCCACAGGCCCCCCUCUGCCCUGUGCCCCCUGACCUCCUCCGCACGGCCCUGGGAGUGCACCCUGAGACGGGCACUGGCACUGCCUAUGAGGGCUUCCUGUCGGUGCCUCGGCCCUCGGGCGUCCGACGUGGCUGGCAGCGGGUCUUUGCUGCUGUCAGUGACUCGCGCCUACUGCUGUUUGAUGCCCCUGACCCACGGCUCAGCCCGGCCAGUGGGGCCUUCCUGCAGGCACUGGAUCUGAGGGAUCCCCAGUUCUCAGCCACCCCCGUCCUGGCCUCUGAUGUUAUCCACGCCCAAUCCAGGGACCUGCCACGCAUCUUUAGGGUGACUGCCUCUCAGCUGGCAGUGCCGCCCACCACAUGCACCGUGCUGCUGCUAGCAGAGAGCGAGGGCGAGCGGGAGCGCUGGCUGCAGGUGCUGGGUGAGCUGCAGCGGCUGCUACAGGACGUACGGCCACAGCCCCGACCUGUGUACACCCUCAAGGAAGCCUACGACAACGGGCUGCCGCUGCUGCCCCACACGCUCUGCGCCGCCAUCAUCGACCAGGAACGGCUUGCUCUGGGCACUGAGGAGGGGCUGUUUGUGAUCCACCUACACACCAACGACAUCUUCCAGGUGGGCGAGUGUCGGCGGGUGCAGCGGCUGGCCAUGAGCCCCACUGUGGGUCUCCUGGUGGUACUGUGCGGCCGCGGCCCCAGCGUGCGCCUCUUCGCCCUGGCCGAGCUGGAGAAUACAGAAGCCACGGGUGCCAAGAUCACUGAGUCACGAGGCUGCCAGGCACUGGCAGCUGGGCGCAUCCUGCAGGCCCGCACCCCUGUGCUUUGUGUAGCUGUCAAGCGCCAGGUGCUCUGCUACCAGCUGGGGCCGGGCCCAGGGCCCUGGCAGCACCGAAUCCGGGAACUGCAGGCACCUGCACCUGUGCAGAGCCUGGGGCUGCUGGGCGACCGGCUGUGUGUGGGCGCGGCUGGGGCCUUCACCCUCUACCCGCUGCUCAACGAGGCUGCACCCUUAGCGCUGGGGGCCGGGCUGGUGCCUGAGGAGCUACCACCGUCUCGCGGGGGCCUGGGCGAAGCGCUAGGUGCUGUGGAGCUCAGCCUCAGUGAGUUGCUGCUGCUCUUCACCACUGCCGGGGUCUACGUGGAUAGUGCUGGCCGCAAGUCUCGAGGCCACGAACUGCUGUGGCCAGCAGCCCCCACGGGCUGGGGUUACGCAGCCCCCUACCUGACAGUGUUCAGUGAGAACUCCAUCGAUGUGUUUGACGUGAGGAGAGCAGAAUGGGUGCAGACCAUGCCACUCAAGAAGGUGCGACCCCUGAACCCAGAGGGCUCCCUGUUCCUCUAUGGCACCGAGAAGGUUCGCCUGACCUACCUCAGGAACCGGCUGGCAGGUGAGGGAAUGUGCGCGUGUGUACGUGCGUGCACCUCUAUGUGCAAGUGUUCCUCCUGUGUGCCUUCACCUGUGCACACGUGUGACCGUGAGAGCCAGCGGACUGGGGACUUGGGAGCACUACCCAGCUCUGUUCUUCCCACAGAGAAGGACGAGUUCGACAUCCCCGACCUCACGGACAACAGCCGGCGCCAGCUCUUCCGCACCAAGAGCAAACGCCGCUUCUUCUUCCGUGUAUCGGAGGAGCAGCGGCAGCAGCAGCGCAGGGAGAUGCUGAAGGAUCCCUUCGUGCGUUCCAAGCUCAUCUCACCGCCAACCAACUUCAACCACCUGGUGCACGUGGGCGCCACCGACGGGAAGCCCACUGCCAGGGGCCUGGCCCGGGUUCCGGAAGAGAAGGGCCGAGGUGCCCGCAGCUCCGGCCCGCAGCGGCCCCACAGCUUCUCAGAGGCCUCUCGGCGCCCAGCCUCUAUGGACAGCGAUACCCUCGCUGGAGACGUGGACCCCAUGAAGAGGAAACCUCGGACAUCUCUGUCCAGCGAAUCUGUGUCCUGCCCGCAGGGAUCGCUGAGCCCUGCAGCCUCCCUAACGCAGCUCUGUGUCACCCAUCAGCGGGCCCCAGCAGGAGCCUGGCAGCAGGCUGGCUCUAGUGUCCCAGCUGUGUGGCCCUGAGUGAGGUGCUCAACCACCCUGAGCUCGUCUCAUCUGUAAAAUGAGGCUGUUAUCAUAAGGUCUGUAUCAGGUGAUGCCUGGGAAGAGCCCAGCACAUGGGGAGAGCACUGGGUGGAGCUCCUGGGACCCCUAACAGAGGACCGAGGAGCCCUGGGGGAGGCAUCUCUGGGAGGUGGAAACAGUUAAGUGCUUGACUGCUAGCCAAAAGGUUGGCAGUUCAAACAUACCCAGAGUCACCUCUGAAGACUGGCUUGGCAAUCUACUUCCAAAAGGUCACAGCCUUGGAAACCUUAUGGAGCAGUUCUCCUCUGUACACAUGGGGUUACCAUGAGUCAGAAUCAACUAACAAUAACAGACGCCCAGAUCGUGGGCAGAGGGGUUCCAGAGGAAGGCCUAAGAGGAGGUGGGAAGGCUCCCACCUAUCCUCCAGCCACAUUGACUACUUCCCUCCCACACACACACCCACUCAAGCCACACCAGGCCACCCAGAGCCCUGAGACUUGCCACGCUCUUUCAUACCUCUGGCUCUUCCCCUGCUCUGCCUCCUGUUUUGAAUGCCUUCCCAAUCCUUAGCCUAAUCAAUGCCCAGGCCACCCUCAAGGCCCUGCACCAAUAUCACCUUGUGCAAAGAAGCCUUCCUGGUGGCCUGGUCAUGGCCUCCCUGGGCCUUCCAUGGGUGCCUAGCUUGUGGCACCUACUGUGCUGUGGCUGUCUGUAUGGGUGCCUAUCCUCCUCCCCUGACUGUGGCCUCCUUGAUAGUGGGGCUCAGGCCUCUCUCUUCUGCCCAGAGUAAAGCAUGUUCGCUGAUUGAAUGAAGGAUGGAGUGAAGGAAGAAAGGGACCUUGAGUUGGGCUCCAGGGUUAGGUAGAAGUUCCCCAGGUUCUUCCAGUGACUCAUGCACCACCCCACCCCCUCAUAUCUGGCCUCCUUCAAGGGCCUGCUAGAGCAAGUGAUGAGUCCUAGGGAGGCUUCUGGAAGGCACUGGCCUGGUGAGGAACAAGUCUUGCCUGCCUCUCCCCACCGUGACUUCCUCCUAUUCUCCCCACCCCCACCAGGUCUCAGAGCGGCCCAGGAGCCUCCCUCCGGCCCCUGAUUCAGAGAGUUCCCCUUGACACCCUCCAGCAGGGCCCACCCCAAUCCCAGGACAGAGGGAUGUGUGGGAGCCAAGAGCUUGAGGAAUGCCAUACUCCGGCCGGUCCGGACAUGUGGAAUUCGAACUCGGGGAAGGCCUGGGCUGGGCAGCGGCAGGAGGCUUGCCUGGGUUCCCACGACUCAGGGUCUCGACCCCCAGCCCUCAUCCUACCUUUCCCCUCUGGUCCCAGCCUGUGCUGGUCACUAGGAAUAGAAUGGCCUCCUCGGCCCUGAUCUCCAGGGAGACUGUGCCAAAGCUCUCAUUUUGGGUCCCAAGCCCCUGCGUCAGGGUGAGAGAGGGAGAAGGCCCCGGGCCCCGGAACAGGUCUGGGGCCCUGUGCUGCCAUCAGGACCCUCACUGAGGCCAGAAUGGGGCAUGUCUGGGUCUCUGCUCAGGGUCAGGGUGGGAAAGACAGGUGCUGGUCCAGAAGAAAAGAAGUUAGAGAGUAGAGGGAAGGAUGUAAGUGAAGAAGGUGAGAGAGAGGAAGGGGGUGGAAAGGAAGUGGGAGAGGAGGUAGAGAGGAGAAAUUGGAAGGGGAUGGAAGUGAUCCAGAGGAGGAGAGAGGGAUAAAGGAGGUGAUGAGGAAGAAGAGAUGAGAAGGGUGGAGGGGAGAGGUUCUGGGAGGAAAACACAGCCCCACGGAUCCUUUCUGGGGAGGAGCUCGGUGAGCUUGGGACCAGGGAAGGGGCUUCAUGAGCAGGACUGACAUUGUUGUCUAAUCCGUCCAAGGUGAAUCUAAUUCCUAGGCAGGGAUGGAAUGGGAUAAGAUGGGGGGUAUUUAUAAGGCUCCUUGGUGGGGAGGAGGGCACACGGGCCUUCCCAGAAAGGGGCGACCUUUUUUCUUGAAGCUUCAACCAACUCUGUAUUAGGGGGUCAUAUGGGGACAUUUUCUUAUUGAUCACAGUCAUUAUUAUUGUUAUUAUAUUACUAUUUUUAUUAAACUUCUCCCUACUGAAGUGUGGGGGGCAAAAUGAGUAUUUAUCUUCUCAAAUGGCACAUUCCCAGAUGGGAUUGAUCCAAUGUUCCAGGAGGCAACAAGAAACCAAUAAAGACAGCUUUGUAAGCUGC